UCUGAGCCGAGAAACCGCCACAUCGCAACCACUUAUUUCUAUGGCUGACCAAUUAAACACCGAGACCUCUCUCUCUCUCUCUCUCUCUCUCUCUGCCAUUGACAAUCUUUGCGCUAAUCAGCCAUGUCUACAGCUUCUCUUUCUCUAGUGUUUCCGAAACCUAGUGCAUUUUCUCAGAACCAAUCUUGGUUUCAAGCUCGACCCAGAAACAAAACCAUUUCGACCAUUAUCAGAGCUCAAUCUGGUCCUCUGAAAGAGGAUGUUAUCAUUGUGGGUGCAGGAAUUGCUGGCCUUGCUACUGCUGUUUCCCUUCACAGGCUUGGAGUUCGAUCAUUGGUGCUUGAGCAAGCAGAAUCACUUCGAACUGGUGGAACUUCACUCACCCUUUUCAAAAAUGGGUGGAGGGUAUUGGAUGCAAUUGGAGUUGGAAAUGAUCUCAGAACCCAAUUUACAGAAAUUCAAGGGAUGGUGGUAAAGUCGGAAGACGGAAGGGAGCUGCGAACCUUCAAGUUCAAAGAUGAAGAUGAAAGCCAAGAGGUGCGCGCUGUGGAAAGGAGAAUACUACUGGAGACCCUUGCCAACCAACUGCCACCAGAUGCUGUUCGUUUUUCUUCGAAGCUGACAAAUAUAGGAAGAAGUGAAAAUGGUGAAACAGUCUUGGGACUGGUGGAUGGUACUCAGUUAUAUGGAAAGAUUGUGAUUGGUUGUGAUGGGAUCCGAUCUCCAAUAGCCAAGUGGAUGGGGUUCCCUGAUCCUAAGUAUGUAGGGCAUUGUGCAUUCCGUGGACUUGGAUUUUAUCCGGAUGGACAACCAUUUGAGCCAAAAGUGAAUUACGUCUAUGGAAGAGGAGUGAGAGCUGGAUAUGUUCCUGUUUCUCCUACUAAAGUUUACUGGUUUAUCUGCUUCAAUAGCCCAUCUCCAGGUCCAAAAGUUACUGACCCGUCUAUACUGAAGAAGCAAGCUAAAGAACUAGUUAGACACUGGCCUUUAGAUCUACAGAACAUAAUAGAUAUUACCCCAGAUGACACCAUCAAUAGAACACCCCUUGUGGACAGGUGGCUGUGGCCAGCUGUCAGUCCUCCAGCUUCAUCAGGAACAGUUGUGCUGGUAGGAGAUGCAUGGCACCCUAUGACUCCCAACCUUGGUCAAGGAGCUUGCUGUGCUUUGGAAGAUGCAGUUGUUCUGUCAAGAAAGCUUGCCAAUGCAAUCAAAUCUCAACCAGCAUCCAUCGAAGUUGCUCUAAAUUCAUAUGGAACGGAAAGAUGGCCCCGAAUUUUUCCACUAACAAUACGAGCAAAUCUUGUCGGAUCAGUUUUGCAGUGGGAAAACCCAGUGGUGUGCUCUGUUCGGAACAAUAUCAUCAUCCCCAAGCUAGUCAGUCUAGGACCAUUGCUGGAGCAUACAAAUUUUGAUUGUGAACCCCUAUAAAACAAGAUUGUGUUAUGUAUAGAGAUCAAUUUCAUCAUCUAUUUGGUUCCAUUGUUGGAUUAAAGAAAUUUGAUUGUUAAUCCUACAGAAAUUUGAUACCAUUUUAACUA